ACUUUUGAACUCAGUUUAGUCUUGGGUAGAUUGUGAAACAUUUACUUGUUCAACAGAAUGAAGUCGAGUGCUUUAGUGCUGUUUUUGUCAUAUUUGCUUUUGGUAGAGCCAACUUUUUCAGUUGCAGAUCCUGUUAAGGAUCAACAAGAAAUUAAAAAUCAAGACAGCGAAGAUCAGUGCAAUUCAUAUUGUUUUUUAAUUUUCAAACCCGUUCUCGACCAUUUCGUUGAGUUAAAACAAGCAGCCAACACCAGCAAUGAACUAAAGGAAAAAAUAAAUACGUUGGAACUCUCUAACAAGGACUUGCAGAUCCAGCUAUCAAAUGCCGAAGGUCUAGACAAGAACAGUAAAUUACUUAUUAAUUUUAAAGAUGAACAAAUUAAGCAGAUAAGUAAACAACUUAAGGACAAGGAUGAACAAAUAAGGGAGAUGAACCAACAACAUAAAGUCAAAGAUGAUAAGAUUAAUAACCAAUCUGAUCUGCUCAAGAACAAAGAAGAAACUAUUUCAAACUUGCAGAGCCAGCUUGCAAUCGCUAAAAUACAAAUCGAAAAUAAAGAUAAUCUAAUUCAUAUAAAAGAAGAUCAAAUUAAAGACAAAAGUGAAGAGAUUAAAAACAAAGAAGAACUCAUACAACUAAAGGAACAACAAAUAAAGGACAAAGAUAAAAAUAUAAAUAAUAAAAUUACUCAAAUCAAUGACCAAAGUGCCGACAAUAUGAACAAAGCUAAACAAAUCGAUGAGUUAACGAACCAAAUAAAGUCCAUCUCGGAAAAGCUAACUGAGAAAACUGACCUGGUUUCGAGGUGCAGCCGAAUGGAUUGUCCAAGUGAAGGUCCAACUGGCAUUUACAACAUGGUAAUACGCGGAAUAAAUGCCUUUGAAGUUCCCUGCAAUUCAACUGGUUGGAUGACAAUUCAGAGGCGUAUGGACGGAUCAGAGAACUUCAACCGAAACUGGGAUGAUUAUAAAAAAGGAUUUGGGGACGUUAAACGAGAGUUCUUUAUCGGGCUCGAAAAGUUGCAUCUCAUGACGGAGGCACAACCAUACGAACUUUACAUCAACCUAAGGGAUAUAAAUGGAACGAGCCGCUACGCAAAGUACGAUAAUUUCAAAGUUGGGAGUGAGAUGGAGGGAUAUGAGCUGACAACGAUAGGGAAAUAUUCUGGUACAGCAGGUGACUCCCUAAAAUACCAUGAAAAUUCAAUGUUCAGCACACAGGAUCGGGAUAAUGAUUCUCACUGCGCAAGGAGUCACAAUGGAGGUUGGUGGUUUAAAACAUGUUUUCAAAGCUCACUCAAUGGAAAAUAUUAUAAGGACGGUAAAAAACCAUACCAAGAAAGUUACGGAAUUACUUGGGGUACUUGGAAAGAAUACGACUACACAAUCUCCCUUACGUUUGUUGAAAUGAUGAUACGGCCUAAAUCCAUUUGAGUUAGACAAGUUUCAUUAUAGUGAAGCAGAGACUUUUUACAAGUUUAAGCCAGAACAAAAAAAAUACAAAUUUAAAAAAAAAAACCUUUUCUAAAUUUGCAAAAAAUAAAAGAAACUACAGAAAUUUA